AUGCCUGCUCGUAGCAUAAACCCGUUCGCCUCCAAUACCCCUACUCACCCCCUCGAUCCCCUCAACGAGAAGCGCGACCCCGCCCGCCGCGCAUCCUUCCCCAAGGGCAGCAAAUUCACCUCGCUCUUCGGCGGCUCGCCCAAGUCGCGCUCAGAAGCCGCUGUACUCCGCGAGGCCUUGGCCGCCCAGCAGCAGGCCCUCCUCAACUCGCCCUCGCCCUCGCAAAUCUCUCUCCCCACCAUCAACCUCACCACUGCCACCGGAGAGAAGAUGCCCACCGAAGCCAAGACGCUCUUUCAGCCUCCUUGUCCAGACGAGCAGCGUCGAGUGGCACGAGCCCAUGCCCAGUUUGGUCCUCUUGGAUCUCCAAAACACCGCUACCACAGCAAGUUCGAGGGCGAGUUCGGCGACCCCAUCGAGGACGAGCCGCCAUAUUAUUUCCUUCUCACUACAUACAUCAGCUACUUAAUCCUAAUAGUAUUCGGACAUGUCCGCGACUUCUUCGGCAAGCGCUUCAGGAAGCAACACUACAGCCAUUUGCAGGAGAAGGACGGAUAUGCACCUCUCAACAGCGACUUUGACAACUUCUACACGAGGCGCUUGAAGAUGCGCAUCAACGACUGCUUUUCGCGCCCCACUACCGGCGUCCCCGGACGCUUCAUCACUGUGCUCGACCGCAAGUCCGACGAUGGAAACAAUACUUUCAAGAUGCUGGGAACCACGACCGAGACCUUGAACAUGAGCUCGUACAACUACCUGGGAUUCGCCCAGUCAGAAGGUCCUUGUGCGGAUGCUGCCGAAGCUUCCAUCAGGAAAUACGGCAUUGCAAUGGCUAGUCCCCGCUCAGAUAGCGGUACUUCGGAGCUUACUGUCGAGGUCGAGGAUCUCAUUGCCAAGUUUGUCGGCAAGCCUGCUUCAAUGGUCUUUUCCAUGGGUUUCGUUACCAACGCCACCACAUUCCCCACCAUUGUUGGCAAGGGCUGCCUCAUGAUCUCUGAUGAGCUCAACCACUCGUCUAUCCGUUUCGGCGCCCGUCUCUCAGGAGCCAUGGUUACCAUGUUCAAGCACAACGACAUGCGCGAUCUUGAGCGCAAGCUCCGCGAAGCCAUCUCCCAAGGACAGCCCCGCACACACCGCCCAUGGAAGAAGAUUCUGGUCGCUGUCGAAGGGCUCUACUCCAUGGAGGGCACCAUGUGCAACCUUCCCGGCAUCAUCAGCCUGAAGCACAAGUACAAGUUCCACCUUUUCGUUGACGAAGCCCACUCUGUUGGUGGUGUUGGCCCUCGCGGACGCGGUGUAUGCGACUACUUUGAUAUUGACCCCGCCGAAGUCGAUAUUCUUAUGGGUACCCUCACCAAGUCCUUUGGUGCCAACGGUGGUUACAUUGCAGCCGAGAAGCACAUUAUUGACAAGCUACGGAGUUGCAAUGCAGCCAUGCUGUUUGCUGAGUCACCUGCACCGCCCGUCCUCGUCCAAAUUGCCUCUGCUCUCCGCAUCAUCGAUGGCUCAAUAGUACCGGGACAGGGUGAAGAGCGGCUGCAGCGUUUGUGCUUCAACUCUCGUUACCUUCGAUUGGGUCUCAAGCGUCUCGGCUUCAUUGUCUACGGUCACGACGACUCGCCCAUCAUUCCCGUCAUGCUCUACAACCCUGCCAAGAUGCCCGCCUUCUCCCACGAGAUGCUCAAGCGUAAAAUCUCCGUUGUCGUUGUCGGCUACCCCGCUACGCCCCUGGUAUCAUCACGAGCCCGCUUCUGUGUUAGCGCGGCGCAUACCAAGGAUGAUCUCGACCGCAUGCUUACGGCUUGCGACCAGGUUGGCGAGCUUCUGCAGUUGAAGUUUAGCUCUGGUGUCGCCGGUGGUGCCGAGCCCGAGGAACUCGAGGAGAUGAGCGCGGCAGAUGGAAAAGAAAGGGUCCCCAAGCCCCCAAGGUGGAGGCUCGAGGAUGUGCUCCAGAGAACAGUUGAUGAUGUGCAA